CUUGACAACCCUGAUGAGCAGGCAGCACAGAUCAGAAGAGAAUUGGAUGGACGCCUGCAAAUGGCAGACCAGAUUGCUCGGCAUGGUGGAAGGUUUCCCAGGUUUUCCUCCAGGGAGAUGGAGGCAAUGUACAUUGAGGAGCUGCGAUCUUCUGUCAACCUGCUGAUGGCCAACCUGGAGAGCAUGCCGGUAUCCAAGGGAGGAGAAUUUAAGCUGCAGAAGCUGAAACGAGGCCAUAACACAUCAAUCAUGGACAUGGGCCAGGAGGACGAGAACACGUUGUCCAAAUCUGACGUGGUUCUGUCCUUCACCCUGGAGGUAGUGAUCAUGGAGGUUCAAGGUCUGAAGUCGCUGGCUCCAAACAGGAUUGUUUACUGUACCAUGGAGGUAGAGGGAGGACAUAAACUACAAACAGACCAGGCUGAGGCCUCAAAACCCACUUGGGGUACCCAGGGCGACUUCACCACCACCCAGCCGUUACCUGCUGUCAAAGUGAAGCUUUUCACUGAGAGCACAGGAGUGUUGGCUCUGGAAGAUAAGGAGCUGGGGAGGGUUGUGCUCCACCCAACUCCUAACAGUCCAAAGCAGUCAGAGCUCCAUAAGAUGACUGUAUCUAAAGGGUGUCCAGACAGUGACCUCAAGAUUAAAUUGGCUAUUCGCAUGGACAAACCACAAAACAUGAAGCAUUGUGGAUAUCUUUGGGCCAUUGGCAAAAAUGUGUGGAAAAGAUGGAAGAAAAGAUUCUUUGUGCUGGUUCAGGUGAGUCAAUACACCUUUGCCAUGUGCAGCUACAGAGAGAAGAAGGCUGAACCUGUGGAGCUCCUGCAGCUGGAUGGCUACACUGUGGACUACACUGACCCCAGCCAG